UAGUUUGUCAUGUAUAGUUUCUUUGACUGAAAAGUGAAGUUGAAUUUUUAGUCUGACUUUUAAGCUCGAGGGAACGCUGGAAAUCAAGAUGCCGACUGACGUUGAAACUCUUAUGGAAAUGGGAUUCCCAAGAAAUAGAGCAGAAAAGGCUCUUGCAAAAACUUCGUACAAAGGAGUUCAGGUUGCCAUGGACUGGUUAUUUGCUCACAAUGAUGAUGCAGAUAUCGAUGAACCAUUUGAAGUGCCUCAAGGAAAAACACUUGGAAGUAAUGAUAGUGAAUCCGAUACUACUUCAAGUGGGGACUCUAAAACUGCCCAGGAAACACCCGCACAACCAGCUCAAGUCAAAUCAAUUAAGUGUGACGAAUGUGGAAAGAAAUUAAGAACGCCGGAUGAUAUUCAGGUGCAUGCUGCAAGGACGGGUCACCAGAGCUUCUCAGAAUCAACGGAGGAAAUCAAACCACUCACAGAAGAGGAAAAGAAAGAGCAACUUGUAAGGUUACAAGAGAGACUAAAACAGAAGCAGGCAGAAAGGAUAGCCAACGAGAAGAAGGAAGCCUUGGAUAGGGAGAAGUUGAGGCGGAAACAGGGCAAGGAAAUGGUGCAAGCAAAGCAACAGAUGGAAAUAGAUGAGGCUAAACAACUCGCAGCUCUGAAAAAGAGGGAAAAAAUGGAGGAAAAGCUUGCAAGGGAGAGAGUGAAAGAACAAAUUGCUCGAGACAGAGCGGAUAGAGCAGCUCGAGGGGGUAAGAAACAAGAAGGGGUUCCCCCCACUCAGCCUCCUGCUGCGGCUCCAGCUCCGGCUCCAGGUUCCUCUGCACCUAAGAAGGAGUAUGAUACAUGUAGGUUACAAAUUCGUCAAACCAAUGGAAGUGCGAUCACCCAGUCGUUUGGUGCAAUGGAACCUCUGGCUGCCGUCCGUGUGUACAUUGAACUGAACAGGACAGACGGACAGACAGGUGCCUUCUCUCUCAUGACCCCGUUCCCUAGGAAAGUUUUCACGUUAGAAGACAUGGAAAAGCCUCUCAAGGAAUUAGGUUUAGUACCAUCGGCUGUGCUAACUAUUACCAGCCCGCAAUGAUGUGAUCCAUCUUUAUAUCAAACUCUUCUAUAUCAGCGAUACCAGGGUUAGGCGCAAACUGAUGUUAUCCCACGAAUACUGGGCAGGACCAAGUCUUGUUUAUUUCCGUCUGAUUGGAUUGAUAUGGCAAUAUUAUAGACACGUUACUAUUUGGACGAGGUCCAUAGUGGCUGGCCUGGAGAGUGUUUGAAUUAAGCAUCAUAUCAGUGGUUUUCACUGACAAAUUUACUCUGAACCAAUAAGAUGCAUGGAUUUCAGAAGCUUAUAACGAUUCUCAAUGAAAAUCAUUGACUAUUUGUUUCCGUGAAAAGCUCCCCUGGUCCUUAUAAAAAGUAUCGAGGAAUAGGUGUAUGAAGCUGUUCGUACAGAGAUGGAUGACUGGAAUUCUGAAGACGGAGAGACGGCAUCCCCA